CUUGGAUCCAUUGGUGUUUGGAGAACACGCUGUCAACUCUUGAAUUUGUUCGGAUUUCGUGCCAAAGAGAUAUAAGCUGUAUGUAUAAUUUUACUGAAUGGACUUUGAUAUUAUUUAAGACUGUCCUUAUCAAGUGUUCAUAAUGGAGGUAGUACCGCCACAUAUGACCAUACCAGCUGUUUGUCUUUUUAAGCCAUCAAGUGUUGAAGAAAAUAAAGUUGGUGUUUGGGCCAAAGAGACAAUUGAAGCUGAAUCUGAAUUUGGACCAUAUGAAGGUGAAAAGAAGAAACUGAGUGACAAUUGUGAUCCUUAUUAUUCAUGGGAGAUCAAAGGACCAAAAGGUAGAAGGCUGUUCUGUAUUGAUGCUACUGAUAUUAAGAAAUGUAACUGGCUGAGAUAUAUUAAAUGUGCUCGCUAUUAUGAAGAACAGAACAUGAUGGCAGUGCAACGUGACAAACAAAUUUACUACAAAACAAUUAAGGAUGUGAAUCCAAACGAAGAAUUAUUAUGUUGGUAUAAUAUCCCAGCAGAAAAUGCAGAGUGGGAAGAUGAAAGUAAUUUAAAUGGAUCAGAAAAAUCCCCAGUUGCAGUCACAGAGACUAUAGCACACAAAGUCCCAAAGAAACGUGGAAGGCCCCCCAAAAGGAAAAGAUCAUUCAUAGCUAAGAGCAGUAUUACAGUAAAAACUGAUGAACUUGGUGGAACUGGAGAAUCAAAGGCUUCAAUGAAUAUUGGAUACAAUGAUUUAGGCAUGGAAGCAGAUAACAAAGAAGAACAUUAUGCAGUUGAAGGAACCAAUACACCCCUUGCAAAUUCAUUAUGCACAAUUGAAAAUUCAUCAGUAACACAAAGUGCUCGUGGGAUAAACAUGAAAGUGAACAAGAAGACAGCUCCACACAGAAAAUGGAAACGAGCCAGGGGCAGCAUAGUAAGGAGAACAAGAAGUCGAUCAGCAUCUUUGGAGGAAUGGUUUGAUGAGGAAAGACUGGAUUUGUUACAAAAAAAGAGGAGAUCUUUAAACAACAUCCGGCUUAUGAAAAAAAAGAAACAAAUGCAGAAACAAUUAGAAAAUAAGGAUAUUCUAAAAGAUGAUUUUGAAAAGGGUUUAAAGAAUCAUGAGAGUUUGGCAGAUGGUCAAAGGUUUGAAAAGGAAGAUGAUCAUUCAAGCUUGUAUAGUGGAAUGACAGAAGAAAAUUGGGAGAUGACUGAUGAAGAAAUUAGUGCAGAUGUUGGUGUCCAACUUUGGGAAAAAUGUAGCAAUGGUGGUGAGGCAGAAUAUACUUCUGGUAGUGAUGGUGGAAAGGAGGCAGUAGCUCCCUGGGACUUAUCAGUAUUAACAUUUCCACUCCAAGACAAAGAGCAGCAAGUUGAUGAGAGUGCUGCUGCCACAGUUAGAAAGACUAGUGACAGUAUUGAGGACUGUGGGCCUGAUGACGGGAGAAUAAUAGCAAAAGAUUUGCCACCAUCGACAGCAAAUUUCCCACUUACUGCAAAAGAAACUACUAUGCAGUUAAAUUCAAAUAUCGAGAAUGAAUCCACAGGAGCUAGUAAUGAAAAUGUACGUCAAGUGGUAGAAGAUAAACUGUUGCUGAAUUCCGUCCUCACAGAUGGAUUAAAGAAUCCCAAGUUCCUAGCAGGAGAUGAAGACAUGCAGGUUGAAAGUGUGAAACAAAGUAUUGAUAAUGGUGCCACAGAGACUGUAGAUUGUAGAGUUAAACAAAAAGUAAAUUCAACAUUGGCAUCAGUUGAUACUCAUUUUGAGAUAGUGAAAGGUAAUACAGAGAUGACUGCAAAAAAUAAGGUCACAGAAACAGUAUGUUGUCAAAAUGGUGAUGUGAUGGAUUCAACACUUGCAGUUGGAACUGAAACUAUUGCAGCUAGAGAGCUAACACAUGAAGUAGAGGAACAAAGCAACCAAAACGAUGACACAAAGAUUGCUGGUGUAAGGCCAUUAAUUAUGGAUAAUCAUGCUUCCCUUGUAGUUGCUGAACAUAAUGGAACUGAGGAGAUGAUGGAAGAAAACCUAGAGGAACAAAGUCACCAACCUGAUGAUGCAAAGGCUGCUGGUCAUAAUGAUGUUAGCCCAUUAAUAGACGAUGAACAAAAGUUGAAUUUGAGACUUGUACAUGCUGAACGAAAUGGGAACAUUGAAACUGUAGAGAUGAUAGCAGAAAAAGUAGGACAUUGUACUCGUACUGAUGACGCAAAGACCGGUGAUAAUGAUGGUGCAACACCAUUAGUUAGCAAUGAAAGGGCAGUUGUAAAUGCAGAUAUGGUAUUGGGAGAUGCAAAAAGCACUGGAGAUUUGUUAAUAGAAAAAUCACAUAAACAAAAAAUCCCAAACCAUGGCAUGAUGAAUGUUGGUGAACUUGAUGCUAGAAAGUUAGCUUGUGGUGAACCCGAACCAGCAGCCAUGGAUAUAAAUACAGAUGUACUGGCAUGCGAUGAACACACGAUGGUUGCAGAGAAAUCAGACACAAUUUUGGAGCCAACAAGUGUCUUGAACAUUCAUGUUGCAGAUAAUAUUGCUCAAGAUGUUGCAAGCUCAGUUGGACCAGUUGUGAAUUUAGAGUUUGAGAAAAAACAUGCACAUGAGGCAGUCCAAUCUGAUGGAAAUGUGAAAGACACAGUAGAAAAAAAAGUCGCUGCUGCUGCUGCCGGCCGGGAGAGGUUUUGUGAUGAGGAAGAAGAUUUUUCUGUAAAUAAGGACCCGUGUGUUAAUGCCAUUUAUGGAGAUGACAAGGUAGAAACUGAUGGGUUGCCUGAUUUGGAUAGAAGUUUUCAAACUGAUGAUAGUGAUGCUCAUGUUGCAGAGGAUUUAAGAAUGCCUGUUUUGGAAAGAGUUGCAGCAAGUUUUAAUAUUCAGUUACCUUCUCGCCAAACCAUGGCCGACACCUGCCGUACCAAGAAAAUGAACUCUGUGGAUGCAAUAAAGUCUGGUGCUACAAACGCUAUCCAAUUUUAUAGCAACAAUGAUAUAGACAAUGCUGUCAAUUUAAAUAAUAACAUUACAUCUGAAAUGCAUGCUAGUGCACAUGUACCACACUGUGAUAGAGGUGUUGGACAAACCUUUAUUGAAGAUAGUUUGCUAGAUGGCAAAUAUACUGCUAAGCUAAUGAAAAGGUCAGAAGAAGCUGAAUGUACAGUUGUAGAUGGCAAACACAUCAAGGCUUUGGAAGGAGUAAACCUACUGAAUAAACAGAUACGCGAUGCAACCCCCAAUGCAGACACAGUGAACCAUGAACAAUUCAUAGAUGUAGUUCCCUGUGAAGCUGUACCAACCAUGUGUGAUGCAGUUGACCUUGCAUGUGUAAAUGAUGUUGAGAAUAUGGGUGUGACAGAAGGUGCUGUCAAUUUGAAAAUAACUGACAUUAACACCAGUUGCAUAAAUGAUAUGCACGAAGCAACAGGUGUAAACGAAACUGCCACCAUAUUUGAGAAUAUUGAACCUAGUGUUCUUGGGAAUGAAGAAGUGGAAAACUCUCCAAAUUGUGAUACAGAUGAAACACUUUUCUUCAUCACUAACAAGAAACAAGAUAUACAGAAAAAUAUAAUUAGUGAAGACAUUGCUAAUACUUGCAAUUCAGGUAAAAAGACUGAAGUUAUAUUCAAAAAAGGGUGGUUUGGUCGACAACAUAUUCCGAAAGUUUAUAUGCCACUACAGUUGGAUGAAAAUGGGAAACCCAUUAUGUAUACUGACUUCAGAGGAUUCAAUAUUCAAGAGAAAUGGAUAAAUCAGAAAGUCAGAGGCAAAAGACGAAAAGCUUACUACAAAUGCCAACUGUGUCCCAUUGCAGUGGAAUUUCAGCCUAGUCUGAAAAGACAUUAUUUCAAAUACCAUAUUGAAGAUAAAUACAAAACCAUUGCGCCUGUGUCUAAGCCUGUGAAGAUAGUUCAUCAACGAGAAAAAAUCAGGACCAGAGGUACUGUCAAAGAAAGAACCACUUCAGUUGUUGAUCAAGAUAUUGUGGAUGGUGAUAAAGAAGAUAUUCCAAUUCAACCUGAGUGCGAGUUGGAGCCUAUUGCUGGCAAACGGAAGUUGAGAAGCGCUAUUGAUCAAGAAGAUGAAACUGAGGAUAUUGACAUGGUGUUUAAUGAAGAAGAAGUUGAUAAUGCAGAAGAAGUCGGUGACCAUAAACCACUGUACCCCUGCAAAAUAUGUGGCCUGCUUCUUAAGUCCCACAGGCAUCUAGCAGAUCAUAUGAGUAUUCAUCCAAAUGAAGAAACUAUUAAUUGUCCAGAAUGUCCUCGCCAGUUUCUUUGCAAGCAAGGUUUGGAGAGACAUAUUCUGACUCACACUGGUGAGAAACCUCAUAGCUGUACUUAUUGCGGUAAGCGGUUUUCUGCAAGUACAAGCUGUAGAAGACAUGAGAAGCUACAUUCUGGAUUUCGACCUCAUCGAUGUGAAGAGUGUAAAAUCACAUUUAUUUAUGAUACUGAUCUGCAGAGACAUAUCCUUAGCACUCAUGAACAAAAUGGAUUAAUGGAAAAACCUGUGAUUCCCAAUGAGAACAAAUGUGUUCCAGAUGUGAUUGAGAUUCCAUCGAAGGCUCCUGGUGAAGACCAUGAAUGUCCUCUAUGUGGGAAAAUAUUCUCCAAGUCCAGCAGCUUAAAAUGCCAUGCCAGUCAUGUACACAAAAAUUACAGGUUAUUGGUGAAAGCUACAAAAGACGUUGUGGAAGAUAAUGAUGCCUACUCUACUCAAGAAUAUAGAACAGAUGAUUUCCAGGACAGUGCUGCAGAGAGUGUUGUUCACCAUUCCUUUGAUGGGAAUGAAGUGCUUGAAGAGGAUAUAGAUGUAAACACUUCCACAGACACCCCAAUAACUUCACAAGGAUCAGUGUCACAGAUCAAAAUAUCAAAUGUUCAGCAUGUAGAGUCACUUGAGGAUGACAUGUAUGCAUCACAAAUUCUACAUGUAGACAACCCACAGCCAAUGGCAGAUACUUCUCUCAUUGUUCCCAACUUUCCUGUUGCAGUCCAAAGUGUUAUGCAGGAACCAACUACUAUGGUACACAGCCAGUUUCAACUGCCUUCUGUAAUGAAUCAAAAUGAUCAAUUCUGUGCUCUCAAUACAGUUGAGAGUGAGGAUGAUCUAAUCUUGCAACCUUAUGCACAGUCUGACUUCUCUGUUAAUCCAGGGAGCGAUGCAGGAUAUUCUGAUCAUAUAGCAUCUCCAUCUUCAAAUGAAAAUUCUCUAAUCAAUGGUGAACAACCAACACCUGCUGAUCAAAUUGUGAAACCAAAUAGCAUUAAAAUAAGAAAUCCACCUAGUGUAGCCACCAGACCACCUUUUCAAGGAAGCCGUGGACCAAUAGAUUUCAAUCCUGCUAUGCUGAAAAGAAACCAGAAACAACAGUCUCUUCUCAAGAUUCCAGUUUCAUGUGCUGAGCAAGUGGAGUUUUCACAUCCUACAACACCAAUUAGUGAUAAUACACAGAAACCCUUGAGGCCACCCUCAAUACAAGUGACAUCACUACAAAGAUUUCAAACAGCCACAGCACUAAAACAGCGUUUUACAGAAGCUCAGAUUGGUACUUUGAGGCGAACAAUGACUUCCAAAUCUGCAUCUGUUCCUCCCACACCUCUUCUAGUUAAUAGAAUAGCUCCACAACUGACAAUGCAUCAACCUACAGUUUCCGCACUCAGAACGCCACAAACAAAUUCAACAACACCCUUUGCACAUCAAUCUGGUACUACAAAAGUGUCACCACAGUCAGUUCACAGAACCCCAUCACUUCCACAAGAUGUUGCCCAGUCACUACAUCCAGUACAGCAGGCAGGCAAUUUGAAUAUGCCUUCUCAUUCUAUUAGUGGAUACGUGCAGACCUCAUCAAGAAAUUAUGCUAAUGUAACCAAUGUAAAACAGCCUUUCGAAGCAAAACCAGCCAAUGAAAAAUAUGUGACUCUAGAGAAUGCAGCAAACAAUAUGCCAGAUAUUCAAUCAGAUAUAAGAAAUAUUCAGCAUUUGGUUAACAGUGUACCAACUCUUCCACGUACAGUGCCAACAACUCAAUGGCAGUAUAUUGAAAAUGCACAAGAUGUGACCUGCAGACCUAAAGAAAGUCAGUUGACUUCCAAACAGCAAUUUGUAGCCAACACCCCAACCAACCAGCCCGUAUCUAAUCAAUAUAUCAGGAACUUCCAACAAAUAAUGUCAGGAUUGCAGCAGAGACAGAGUAUGCCGCAUCAUACACCCACCCAGUCACAGAUCAAUUCCGCUCCUCAAAAGCACACAGAGAUGCCAGCUGGCCAACACUAUACAAAAAUUGUGUUCACUAACAGUACACAAGCUCCUAUCAUUCAACAGCAUGCAUAUACAGAAAACUUGCAAGAGCCAAAUAUUGUAAGGUUCACUCAACCUUAUGUGGGCACAGUAAAUAUACCCAGUUCUAGAUAUGAACUAUCUGUGCAACAACAGAACCUACUUGAGAGAGACCUACAGCAGCCAGUAAUGAGGAUGCCAUUUACUCCACAGGCUCCACAAUUCAUCGCAAACUCUCCUGUAGGAUUGACAGUACGACAAAAACUUCAAGCCAGAGCAUCCAACAAACAGCCGGGGGCAAAAUUAGCUGCAGCUAUACAAAACAUACGGGCACAUAAUCCCCAACUUUCUCGGCCAGCAUUGAGUAAUGGGCAACAAUCCAAUGCGCCACUGCAACCCAGUGUGCCAACUUACAAAAUUGCACCAGUUUUAACAUCCAAGAACCUGGACUCUCUCCCCACUAUAACUGGUAGUGACCUAUUUGUACCACCAGGUUUACCUCCAGCGCCGAUGAUGCAUGUACCACAACCUUCUGGGGCUAAUCUGACAUCAGCCCUUCAAAAUGUAGUUGUGCCUAAGCCACAAGUAAAAAGACCAGCUUCUGAAAUGGAUGAUGAUGGUGCUAUUGAUUUGACUAUAAAACGUGUGAAGUUAGAAAGUCUGACGUUGGGAAAAGUGAACCUACCACACGAACAUUUGGUGAUAGACUCUGAUGCACCGCUUGACUUAACAAAAAAUCAUGGUGUAGAUGCUAAAUUCAACAAUGAGUUGUUAAAUGAGCCAGUUGAUUACUCUGUUGAAGUUGAUAGCAGUACUGUUUUUAAGUCAGUAUUCUCUCCAGCUCCGUCAACUGUGAAGGAACAAAGUCAUUCGCUAACUACAACCACAGUACAUGACUUAUCUCUUCCAAAUGUGGAAAGUUCUACCAAAAAAUCUGUUCCCUACCAUAAGGUACAGCCAUUGCAAGGAAGCAUAUUAACAGCAUGCAAUGUCUGUAGGAUUGUAUUCAGUUCUGUCAAUGCCUUGAGACAGCAUGUGGUAGUACAUGCUGAUGAAUGGAAAUACAAAUGCGAAUACUGCAUCCAACUGUUUCAAACUACCAGUGAUCUAGCCAUGCACAGAUAUAAGCAACAUAGAACUGAGAAGUCAUAUUUGUGUUCUGCAUGUCAAAAGGAAUUCUUGCAAUUUUCGAAGUUAGAACGUCAUCAAGCUGUUAUGCACCCUGACACAUCUUGUGCCUAUAUGGAAUUGGGACUGGAUACAAUUAGAAGGCAGAAUUUAACAGAUCCAUCAAUGGUUCCUGUAACAACAGCUAUCGUAACUGGUGAAGUUGAGACCAGCAAGAAGACAUCUGACUUACUGGCACCCUGCCCUGUUCCUAUUUCAGAUGACACAUUCACCAAUACAUGUACAAAGUGUGGUAUAAUAUUUGAUGACAUCACUAUUUUCCAUAAGCACAUUCUGCUUUGUGCCGUCAAAAUUGAUACACAGGCAACAAAUGCUGCUCCAGAAAAGAAGAGAAGACUGAGAGGGAGCUGGGGCCAAAAAGUGAAAAUACAAGAACUCGUUAAAAAAAGGGGUUUAACAGUUGCUGACAAACUGAAGAUUAAAGCACUUAAACAUAAUUCUGUUCAGUCUAAUUUGAAGUAUGCCGAUUCCAAUACAACAAAAUGCCAAGGUUGUGCUAGACAGUUUGUAGACUUGGUACAUCUUAGAAAACAUAUGAAAAUGUGCCCAAACAGGGAUAGGGAAAAAAUGGCCAGCUGUCAGAGAACAUUAGACAAAAUGAUGUUUGGGUAUGAUGAACAUGGCAAACAACUAAUACAGCAACACAAAUGUCCACAUUGUCUGCGGCAGUUUACCUACAUUGAGAGUCUGAGAAAACACAUUGAUGUUUGCAACUUCAAAAAUAAUCCUCAUGUGACUGUAAACAGUCAUAUGAAAGUUGAUGAACUGCACGAGAAGCUGGAUCCAAGCAGAAAAGCGUAUAAGCAACCUGUAGUUGUUGGUGGGCAGCCUGACAAUUCUGGGCAACAUUCACUUGGAGAGAAACCAAUGCGACGGAAGAAAGGUUCAAAACGCAGGAGAAGAAUGGGUUUAAGUGUUCAUAAAAGAGCGCUGUUUUUGAGGAAAAAGAGAUUAGCAGAACAAUCCGCUCAAGGACACUGA